AUGGUCAACAGGACCGAGCCAACAUGGCACAAUAAGGCCCCAAGNCCAAUCACAGGCGCCACCAAGGGCAAGAGCUCGCGCGCGUUACAAAGAAACCUCCCUCCAGGGUACAACUUGGUCCGACAUCUUCUAGCGGUGGAAGGCGUUAUUCACAAGUUGUUUUCUGACGUUAGCAAAAUUAAUUUGAAUCCAUACGGAGAGGAUGAUAACGAGGAGGUUGCGACGGACCCAGAGAUUGAAGUACUGGUACAAGCAACAUAUCCCGCUAGCGAUGAUGAGGCUUUUAGUGACAGUGACUACGAGACCGACCUAGAACAAGAUACCGAUGAGUCGUCCGUGGAUGAGGAUUUUGUUGAUGAGGAGGAGGACGCGAAAGAGGAGCAGAAGGGAUGGGCGGCCGCGGCAGCCAAGGCGCUUGGCUUUCGCUGA